AGCAGGGCACCGACUGCCCAGCGAGAGAGACAGCGAUGUAAGCUGGACGCCCGCCCCGAAGGAGCCUGAACCCAGCGUCUCCGGACUGUCACCGGCUGUGCCAGGAAGUGAACUUCAAGCAGAUUCACUUGGAUUUCAUUGGAGGAGCAUACGUGUCCGAUAAGCUGCAUUUUUUUCUUUUACUUGGAAAACAUUCAAGUGUUCCAGUGGCUUCUCAUCUCAUCCUUUACUCCUGAAAACCUGGAGAUCCUAUGUGGACUUCCGGUAGGAUGAGCAAUGCAAAGAGCUGGGUUGGACUUGGCAUGUCCUUGUGCUUCUGGGGACUGAUGGACCUCACGACCAGCGUGCUGUGCAGCACUCCAGGUGAACUGCAAGUGUUCCUGCCAGACAAGUCACAGCCACACCAGCGGGCCAAGAGGAGCUGGGUUUGGAACCAGUUUUUCGUCCUGGAAGAGUAUACUGGCACCGACCCUCUAUAUGUUGGCAAGCUUCAUUCAGAUAUGGACAGAGGAGAUGGAUCCAUCAAAUACAUCCUCUCGGGAGAAGGCGCCGGCAUCGUGUUUACCAUCGAUGACACCACUGGCGACAUCCAUGCCAUUCAGAGGCUCGACAGAGAGGAAAGAGCCCAGUACACUCUAAGGGCUCAAGCUCUGGACAGGAGGACAGGCCGGCCAAUGGAACCAGAGUCAGAGUUCAUCAUCAAAAUCCAAGACAUCAAUGACAAUGAGCCCAAGUUCCUGGAUGGACCUUAUGUUGCCACUGUGCCAGAGAUGUCACCAGUGGGUACCUCUGUUAUCCAAGUGACAGCCACAGAUGCUGAUGACCCAACUUAUGGCAACAGCGCCCGGGUAGUAUACAGCAUUCUCCAGGGCCAACCAUAUUUUUCUGUGGACUCCAAAACAGGUGUAAUUAGGACAGCACUCCUGAACAUGGACAGAGAAGCCAAAGAAUACUAUGAGGUGAUUAUUCAAGCCAAGGACAUGGGAGGGCAGCUUGGAGGAUUAGCUGGGACCACGACAGUCAACAUCACCCUCUCGGAUGUCAACGACAACCCGCCCCACUUUCCUCAGAGACUUUAUCAGAUGAGUGUGUUGGAGUCAGCUCCGGUGAGCUCCACUGUGGGGAGACUAUUUGCCGAGGACUUGGAUGAAGGAAUAAACGCAGAGAUGAAAUACACUAUCUUGGAUGGCGAUGGUGCUGAUGUUUUUGACAUCAACACAGAUCCCAAUUUCCAAGUAGGCAUCAUAACCGUGAAGAAGCCGCUGAGUUUUGAAAGCAAGAAAAAAUACACCUUACAGGUGGAGGGAGCCAAUCCUCACCUACAGAUGCAUUUGCUGUACCUGGGCCCCUUUAAGGACGUAACAACGGUGCACAUCAAUGUGGAGGAUGUGGAUGAGCCCCCGGUGUUUGAACCUGGCUUUUAUUUCGUGGAGGUGCCUGAGGAUGUGGCAAUUGGGACAACCAUACAGAUCAUUUCUGCCAAGGACCCAGAUGUGACCAACAACUCCAUUAGAUACUCCAUUGACAGAAGCAGUGACCCUGGGAGAUUUUUCUAUGUCGAUAUAACAACAGGUGCUCUAAUGACUGCAAGACCCCUAGAUCGAGAAGAAUUUUCUUGGCACAAUAUCACUGUUCUUGCUAUGGAAAUGAAUAACCCCUCCCAGGUGGGAAGUGUUUCUGUCUCAAUCAAAGUCCUAGAUGUGAAUGACAACGCUCCAGAGUUCCCCCGAUUCCACGACACGGUCGUCUGCGAGAAUGCCAAGGCAGGGCAGCUAAUCCAGACAGUGAGUGCAGUGGACCAAGAUGACCCACAUAAUGGUCAGCAUUUCUACUACAGCUUGGCUCCCGAGGCUGCCAACAACCCUAACUUCACCAUAAGAGACAACCAAGACAACACAGCCCGGAUUCUAACCAGACGGUCCGGCUUCCGGCAGCAAGAGCAGAGGGUCUUCUACCUGCCUGUGCUGAUAGCGGACAGCGGGGAGCCAGUGCUCAGCAGCACAGGCACGCUGACCAUCCAGGUGUGCAGCUGUGACGACGACGGCCACGUCCUGUCCUGCAGCCCGGAGGCCUACAUGCUUCCGGUCAGCUUGAGCCGUGGUGCCCUCAUCGCCAUCCUGGCCUGUAUCUUUGUCCUGCUGGUCCUGGUGCUGCUCAUCCUGUCCCUGAGGCGGCACCGCAAGCAGCCCUACAUCAUCGACGACGAGGAGAACAUCCACGAGAACAUCGUCCGCUACGACGACGAGGGCGGCGGCGAGGAGGACACCGAGGCCUUCGACAUCGCCGCCAUGUGGAACCCGCGCGAGGCGCAGGCGGGCGGCGCCCCCAAGUCGCGGCAGGACAUGCUGCCCGAGAUCGAGAGCCUGUCCCGCUACGUGCCUCAGACGUGCGCCGUCACCAGCACCGUGCACAGCUACGUGCUGGCCAAGCUCUAUGAGGCCGACGCGGACCUGUGGGCGCCGCCCUUCGACUCCCUGCAGACCUACAUGUUCGAGGGGGAGGGCUCCGUGGCGGGCUCGCUGAGCUCCCUGCACUCGGCCACGUCAGACUCGGAGCAGAGCUUCGACUUCCUCACGGACUGGGGGCCUCGCUUCCGCAAGCUGGCGGAGCUCUACGGGGCCACCGAGGGGCCUGCGCCCCUGUGGUGACGGCAGCCUGGAGGCAGGCCGGCGGCCAAACCCAGACGUUCUCGGCAGAUGCUGUGCGGACAAGAUGCAGCCGACCCGUCCGUCCAUGAGCAAUACUGUGCUGCAGAGGGAGAAGGGGCGUGAGCGGGCAAGCAGAGCUCUCUCUCUCUGGAUCAGCUUUACUAGGUUAGGUUAAGCUAGGUAAUCAAAAGGAAACCCAGGAAGAGGAAGGAAUCGUCUCCACGUGUCAUUUUUCUUUUCUUUUUCAUCGUUUUUGACAUCAUAGUCAAAAACUUAGCGUCCACUGUGUUACUACGGCAAGCUUAGCUUUGCCUUGAAGUUCUUCAAGGCUUCUCAUUUUGUCAAACCUCCCCCUUUACCCCACCUCCCAAAGGCUCUGGUCUUAAACUCAGAGAUCGUGGCUGAAAGCACACAGAAAGUUCUA